AUCCUUGCACCUGCCAGCUCCUGAUUCUGCCCCAACGCAUUCGAAUACUUCACCUUUCAGAAAACAAAAUCUCUCUCUCUCUCUCUCUCUCUCUCUCUCUGUGUUUGUGUGACUCUCUCUAUCUCUCUCUUCAUGCUUAUCCAACACUGAACAUUCUUGUCUUUCAUAAACCCCUAUCCAAUUCUGAUUCUUCACAUGUCUCUAACCCGAAUUACCCACUUGUUCUUCUGUGUCGUUAUCCUUCUAAUUCCGCUAUUUGUUCAAAUGGGUUACUUCAAAAUUCCUUCUUUCUCCGAGAUCGUCGAAUAUUUCACCAUUUCAAGUUAUCCCAUUUUCCAAAGUUGAGAUUUUUCUGCAUUUAAAGCAAAUGCAAGAACUUUAAGAAAAAGUGGAUAUUGGGUUUCUUGUUUUACAACUUGAUAAGAUUGUGGGGAGAGAAGAGAUGGCUGUAGGUAGCAAGACCAGAAAUAUGCUUGAAGGUCUGGUAAAAGAAGGAUCAUUUAAGUGGUUGCUUGGCAAGAAGAGCUACUUUGAUGAAGAAUUUGAGGAGAUGGAAAAUUCACCCUCUGCUGGGAGGAAUAUGAUUCGAGAACUCUCUCCGAUUGCAAAUCUAGUUGUUCGUAGAUGCUCAAAAAUCCUUAGGAUCUCUUCAAGUGAGCUUCAGGAGAGUUUCAAUCAAGAGGCUUCUGAGUCUUUGAAGCAUCCAUCACGGUAUGCUAGGAACUUACUGGAAUAUUGCUGUUUCAAGGCACUUUCCUUGACAACACAAAUGACUGGUCAUCUCUUUGAUAAAACAAUCCGCCGUUUAACAUUUGAUAUGAUGUUAGCGUGGGAGGCCCCAGCUGCUGCCAGCCAACCUUUAAUUAAUGUUGAUGAGGAUGUAUCUGUCAGUUUAGAAGCUUUCUGUCGAAUAGCUCCUGCAAUUCCUAUCAUUGCCAAUGUCAUCAUUAGCGAAUAUCUUUUUGAGGUGCUGAGUUCAUCAACUGGGGGCCGCCUUCAGUUCCCCAUCUAUGACAAGUACCUCACUGGCCUAGAAAGAGCAAUUAGAAAAAUGAAGACCAAUUCAGAGUCGUCUCUCCUUUCUGCUAUAAGAUCCUCUAGAGGUGAGAAGAUUCUUGAGGUUGAUGGAACAGUCACUACACAGCCAGUCCUUGAGCAUGUAGGAAUAUCCACCUGGCCUGGAAGGUUAAUCCUGACCGAUCAUGCACUUCAUUUUGAAGCACUUCGCGUUGUAUCAUAUGACAAACCAAAGAGAUAUGAUUUAGCAGACGAUCUAAAACAAAUUGUUAAACCUGAGUUGACUGGUCCUUGGGGUACUCGACUUUUUGACAAAGCAGUCUUCUAUAGCUCAGUAGCCUUAUCAGAACCAGUUGUGCUAGAAUUUCCAGAGCUCAAAGGUCAUGCUCGUCGUGAUUAUUGGCUAGCUAUCAUCCAAGAGAUUCUAAAUGUUCACAGAUUCAUAAGCAAGUAUAGAAUUAAAGGGGUAGCACAGGAGGAAGCGCUUUGGAAGGCUGUUUUGGGAAUUUUGCGUUUACAAGCUAUUCAAGAUAUUAGUUCCACCAUCCCCAUUCAGAAUGAUGCUCUUUUAAUGUUUAAUUUAUGUGACCAGCUUCCAGGUGGAGACUUGAUAUUAGAAACCCUUGCAAAUAUAUCAAACAUAAGGGAAUUAGAUCAAGACAAUGAUUUCAGGGGUGGAAGUGGAAUGUAUUCUAUCUCAGCCUUGGACAUGGUUUCUAACUUGGGAUUUGUAUUUGGAGCAAGUUCAAACAACUCGAAUGAGAGCAGGAUUGCUGUGGGUGAAAUAUCUGUUGGAGAAAUGACUUCAUUGGAAAGAGCAGUUAAAGAAUCUAAAAACAGUCAGAAAAAGGUCAUAUCUGCACAAGCGACAGUUGAUGGUGUUAAAGUUGAUGGUAUUGACACUAAUUUGGCUGUCAUGAAGGAGUUGCUUUUUCCGCUAAAUGAACUUAGGAAGUCUCUUCAAUCUUUAGCAGAUUGGGAUGAUCCAUGGAAGUCAUUAGGGUUUUGUUUGUUCUUCAGUUAUAUCAUAUACAGGGGUUGGCUUGGCUAUGCAGUGGCACUGGUGCUUAUCUUACUUGCAGCUUUUAUGAUCAUUACCAGAUGUUUUAGCCAAGGUAGGCCUGUUCCUGAAGUUAAAGUAAUAGCCCCUCCACCUAUGAAUACAAUGGAACAGCUUUUGGCUGUUCAGAAUGCUGUUUCUCAAGCUGAACAGCUCAUACAAGAUCUUAACAUAAUUCUGCUCAAGUUCCGCGGCCUGUUGCUGUCCAUUUUUCCUCAGGCCACAGAGAAGUUAGCCUUUGGUUUUCUAUCAACAGCCUUGAUUUUGGCCUUCUUUCCUAUUAAAUACGUAGUUAUGCUACUCUUCUUGGAGUUUUUUACAAGGUAUUCACCUCCAAGGAAAGCCAGCACAGAGAGAUGGAGCAGGAGAUUAAAGGAAUGGUGGUUCAGCAUACCUGCAGCUCCUGUUACCCUUGAAAGAGACAAAGAGGAAAAGAAGAAAAAGUGAUUGAUGGAGGAUCUGGUGUGUACAUGGUUUUGUUGAAUACUGUUUUUGUCUUGUACAUAGAGAUGUUUGAAGUGUAAAACUCAUUAGUGGAAGCAAAGUAUCUCAUUGGUUUUCAUUUUUGG